ACAAUAUGCAGAAAACGUUAUUUUUGCGUUUCCUAUCUUACAACAUAAAAUUCGGAUUAAGAUCAGGAUUUAGUUUUCAGAAACAACCUACCAAUCAAUUAUUUUUAUGGGUCCCACAAAUUUUAUAUUUUCAAAAUCAUAAUAUUGGAUCCAAAAGGAUACCAAUCAGGCCCUUUCAAGGGUGGCCAUAUUGGAAGGCUCUGGAAGAAGCAGUGUUCCCCAAAACGCUAUAAAUAGAGGGCCUCUUUCGUUUAGGAUUCCCAGAAUCACGUCGUCGUUGUCCUUACUACUGAUUUGGACUCUCUCUCUCCCAUUAUUGCUAUCAGCGUCUAAAGGGAAUCGAGCUUGGAGCUCCGAGUUAGCUUCGGCUCGAAUUCAGCAGCAGAGAUUAUCUAAUUUUGAUCGACCACUACGUCGCUUUUGGUGCUCCGGGUUUAAUUUGAAAGUUCGUUAUUCCGUAUAAAAUCAUAUAAUUCCUAGUUUUGUAUUUUUUUUAGUUUAACGUGAAUUUUUUCCAAUAAAAUUUCCCUGAAAUUGUAAGUAAUUGUUUAUUAUGUUCUUUUAUAAAUUGGGUGUGAUUUAGAUUCUGUUUGCUUCCUGUGUUAUCCUUUUCUUCUUUUUGUUUCCUUUGAUCAUGUCAUUGAUUGUAUGAGAUUGCUUAUUGUAUGAUCAUUUCUUGUGUAUGUGUUUUGGUCCGAUGUUUCUCUCCUCGUACAUUGUAUGAUUGGGUUGGCGUUUGAGAGCAAUGUGAGCAUUUGUGCUUGAUCUUGUAUAUUGUGUUAUCGCAAUGAUUCGAUAGCUUUGAUGUUGCUGGGGCACUGAGCUUUUUCUUUUUAUUUUGCUUUGCGUGUGUUGAUGUUUUGUUUGAAGUUUUUCUUGCCAUUGAACUCAAGAAUUACCAAUAUGCAGUUAGAAAAUUCAUAGUACUUGCUUGUUUGUGAAUGUUCGAAAUGUCCUAUGGUUAUGGUUGUUUGUAAUCGCUGGCCAAAAUCUUUCAGUUCUGGAUGACUUUUCAUUCUCUGGUAUAUGUUUUGACUGAUUGCGUCUAAUUGAACUUAUUUUCCAGACUUUCGUGUAGUUUUGUAUGGAUAGAACUUUUUACUCUUCCUUAUCCCAUCAGAGUACUGAUUAUUAGCUUUACUUUAGAAGAAGUCCCGGCUGGUUUUUUUGACCAAUUUACAAGAUUAAGCUGCAUUUGGGCUUUUUAUGUUAUGCUAAGAUUCCCAUAGAAUAGGUUAUUUUGAGCCAAGUAAGGACAAAACAUAGGGAGAAGAGGUUGUGUUGCCGCAUAUUAUCAAUUGUGCUUACCAAUCCUUGCGAAUAGAUUGGCAACAAUAUACAGCUGGUUUUCCUUUUAGAGUUUGUCUGAGUGAAAAAAUCAGGAUUUUUUUUUACCAGGUUUUUAAUAUUUUGUAUUGCAAAGAUACUAAUGACACUUGUGCGUAAUAUUGCUGGUUUUGCAUAGUUGGAAUUAAGGUCUGAAAUAUCUAUUCGAGUUCCUCAAGAUUUCCUCUAUAUGUGGUCUUGUUAACUACCAACCUCGUAAUCUGAACAAAGAUAUAAUAUGGGCAUUAACGUAAAAUUUGUUCCUUGAAACAUACAAUUUCUUUUGGCUCGCUUCAUCUGCAUCUCAUGAAAAUCUGCUAUAAUAAUCAUGCUGUCUUGGCUUUUUUUUUUUCUGAGAAAAGUAAGGAUUAAUGAGUCUUGGUAGGAAACAAAUGCUUUUCCGGUGUUCCAGUACUCCCUUACUAUCUCUAUUUUGUUACUAUCUUCUUUGAUCCUUUUCUUUGUUCUCUUGACCCGUUAAAUUUUUUAACUUCCAAGUCACAAUCAGUAAUUGAAGAGGAGAGAUGUUAUGAAGAUUCGGGAGUCUGAUCGUAGGACUUGCUUUAUGCUUCUAGUUUUGGCUGACUAUCAGCUUUAUAUAUAUAUAUAUAUUAUAUAUGUAGUUCAGUCUCAAGUCCUUAGAUAAUGAGAACUAUUAGGCUCAUAUGAGCAAAACAUUGAAAAAAGUGAAGCCAAAAUACUGAUGGUUUGAGUUUUGCUUUAUUGGGUAAGUACUCAUCUUGAAGGAGAUUGGUGCAGAAUUGCAAAUGGAGGUAGGCUUGUCAUUUUUGGGCAAUCAUCAUAAACAUUUCUGCAAAUCUCUCGCACUCUUCCCCUAUUCUUUUACUCCUUGUCAGAACACAUUUGAUCGUAUGAUGUGUUACUUUUACCAUAGGUUGGUAUUGACCGUGCCCAAUUUAAUUGGAAUUGGUUCCGGGACUUCUUCAAGGAAUCAAGUAUGAUGCAAUAUUAUUGGUUACUAUUAUCAGCUGGAGGCUCUGGAGCUUCCGAUUGCUGCAUUGUGUUUAUUAUAUUGGCUCCUUAUAGGUCUACUUGUUUUGAUGAAUCGUUCUCUUCUACAAGUGGUGAUUGGAGCUGUUCAACCUUGCUUGGAUUAUUUAGUUGCUGAUUUCAAUUGUCUGCAGCUGUGUAGAAGAAGCCACAGUGUCGUGGGGUUUUUGCCUCGGUUGAUCGGUUAAGUAAUAUGCCUUCCAAUGUUUUGGAAUUACUGCUGACCAUUUGUAUCUGCACAGGUGCUUUACACUUAAUUGCCAGCUUCUAGAUAGUUUUGUCGUGCCCGGUGAUAUAUUUGCAUCUUGGAGAAGUCUUAAAUCAUUCUUCAUUUUAACAACUUGACUCGAAAGAGAUGGAAACUCUUACCUACAAAGAGGAAGGAGUGAAGGCUUUAUCCACAUAUUUAUCAAAAGGAGAAUGUGUUAAUGGAGAAGAAUUGAAGGAUAAUAGAAGGGCUGCCGAAUCAUUAGAGAAAGGAUGCAUGCAGUAUGGGUGUCGACAUUAUCGCCGUAGAUGUCGCAUCAGAGCUCCUUGUUGUAGUGAGAUUUUUGAUUGUCGCCAUUGCCAUAACGAGGCAAAGAAUAAUAUUAAUGUCGAUCAGAAGCUUAGACAUGACAUACCACGGCAUCAAGUCAAACAGGUGAUUUGUUCACUUUGUGGCACGGAGCAAGAGGUCCAGCAAGUCUGUAUCAACUGUGGAGUAUGCAUGGGUAAAUACUUCUGUGAUGUCUGCAAAUUAUUUGAUGAUGAUGUCUCUAAGCAACAGUACCAUUGUAACGGCUGUGGCAUUUGCAGGAUUGGGGGGCGUGGGAAUUUCUUCCACUGCUACAAGUGUGGUUGCUGUUACUCUGUGUUUUUGAAAAAUAGCCACCCUUGUGUAGAGGGAGCUAUGCAUCACGAUUGCCCUGUUUGCUUCGAGCAUGGUGAUUUGCAGUUUUUAUUUGAAUCGCUAAGUGAUAUAACUGUCUUGCCAUGUGGACACACUAUCCACACCAACUGCUUCAAGGAGAUGCAGGAACAUGCUCAAUAUGCUUGCCCUCUUUGCUCCAAGUCUGUUUGUGACAUGUCAAAGGUAUGGGAGAAAUUUGACAUGGAGAUUGCAGCUACAACAAUGCCAGAGCAGUAUCAAAACAAAUUGGUUUGGAUUCUCUGCAACGACUGCGGAAAGACCUCUCAAGUGCCAUUCCAUCUCGUGGCACAGAAAUGUGUAUACUGCAGAUCUUAUAAUACUCGCCAAAUAAGAGGCUAAGAAAGUAGUUGUCAGUUGCUAUCUACACUGCCUUCUUAGCAUGCUAGGGUUUUCUUGACCUUCUUCAGCUAUCUGUCAGGAGCCUGGACUUAAUCAAUGGAGGAAAAAGCAGCACCGCUGGUCCUCUGUUGCUGCGGCGGCUUGGCUUGGCUUGUUCUGUUCCCGGUUCACUGCUAUAAGCACCCACCCAAUCGCCUGUUUACAUUCUUAUUUUGUCAUUAUUUUUUUCCUCCUUCAUGUUCUUAUGGUGGAAACCCCAUUUAUUGACAUGCUACUAUGGUUCUUUUUUCACUUUCGUUUCUAUUAUGCCUUUUUUUUCCUAUUUACCUUAGCUCCUUGAUGAAAAUUGACGUCCUAUCUAGUUAUGGGGGACUAAUGUUGUCCAUGGAUUGUGAUUGGUCUGAAAUAAGCACACAAAUGGGAAAUUGGAAAAGAGGGUGUUUUGCUUUGUGGAGAAUAGGUCGUCUAUGUAAGAAAGAAGUCCAGUCUCCUUUACUUUCUGUGGAAAUGUGGAAUUUUUUUUCUUUU